CCCCAGGCAAGGCUAUACAACAGACAAGUUUGGACUUUGAUCCACGUCCGCCUUUACACGAUUAUCUUCUCGCGCGUGGAACUCUUCUCGACAACGAUCUAUCGUCGUCUCUAAUCUCUUCAACUUUACUCAAUUCCUCUCUAAUCGAAUAAGAUGGCUCCUUUCACUCCUCGAGGUGGUGCCCGUGGAGGCCGUGGCGGCGCUCGUGGAGGCGGCCGUGGUGGUUUCGGUGGUGAUCGCGGCGGCUUCGGCGGUGGCCGUGGUGGUGCGCGCGGUGGACGAGGUGGUGGCCGUGGCGGUUUUGGUGAUCGAGGUGGCCGUGGUGGUCGCGGUGGACGAGGUGGUGCUCCUCGCGGUGGUCGCGGCGGUGCUACUGGCGCAAAGGGUGGUGCCAAGGUCAUUGUCGAGCCUCACCGUCACCCCGGUGUCUUCGUUGUCCGUGGUGGUAAGGAAGAUGGUCUUGCUACCCGCAACACAACCCCCGGCGAGUCUGUCUACGGCGAGAAGCGCAUCAGCGUCGACGAGGUCGUCAAGAACGACGACGGAACCACCACCACUACCAAGAUCGAGUACCGCAUGUGGAACCCUUUCCGAAGCAAGCUUUGCGCUGCCAUUGCUGGUGGUGCUGAUGAGAUCUACAUCAAGCCUGGCUCUCGCGUCCUCUACCUCGGUGGUGCCUCUGGUACUUCCGUCUCUCACGUCGCUGACAUUGUCGGACCUACCGGCUACGUCUACGCCGUCGAGUUCUCUUCCCGAUCCGGCCGUGAUCUCAUCACCAUGGCUUCCAAGCGACCCAACGUUGUCCCCAUUGUUGAGGACGCCCGUCAGCCUGCCCGUUACCGCAUGAUCGUGCCCAUGGUCGACGUUAUCUUUGCCGAUGUUGCCCAGCCCGAUCAGGCCCGUAUUGUCGCCAUGAACGCCAACUGGUUCCUCAAGGUCAACGGUGGUGUCCUUAUCUCCAUCAAGGCCAACUGUAUCGACAGUACCGCUCCUGCCGCCGAGGUCUUCGCCGCUGAGGUCCAGAAGAUGCGAGCUGAGUCCAUUAAGCCCAAGUUCCAGCUUACCCUGGAACCUUUCGAGCGUGACCAUUGUCUGGUUGCCGGCGAGUACUUGCGCUACAAGUCCUAAAUGGCUUAAAGAGUCAUGCUGCUGUGUAUUUCGCUUGGAAUGGACAUUGAAAGAGAUGGUCUGCUUUGUCAUGCGGUUUCCCAGGUAUCUCACGGUUCCCGGUAGACUUAUUUGUCUUCAGCUUGCUGCAUCAGGGAAAAAAUGGUUGACGGCUUUUCUUCAACAACGGCGAGGGGCGUUCCGGGUGGGUUGGAUCUGUAAAUAUCAAAUGUUUGUCCGAAUCUUAAAGCCUUUUUUGGACCUUCGCAUCUCAAAACAAGGCAUAUGAAAAAGAACAAGGACAUCAAUCAUCAUUUACGUUUUUUUUCUUGGAAAGCCUGCGGAUCCAUUUUGAUCAGUCAGUCCACCAGCUGCACCUGUUUUCCUUUUUGCUUUUCCUCCGCCAUUUUGGACGCGCCGUCGGUUUGUUUGUUUGUUGGUCGGUCGGUCGGAGAGAGAUGGCACGGGAUCAGAGAGGAUUGUACGAUGCUAUAAGGCCAGGCUUGUGGCUCUCGUCGGUCUGGCCUACGACUUCAUGAUACCCCCCACGACAGCCACGCUCGGAGUCCCUGUGUUGUGUCUUUGUUAGAUUAGAACAGUUCGAGUAAUGCAAGUCGUUA